UGUUAGCUGGUAGCGCGCUAGCUAGCGUCAGAGUCGCACGCUGGCUCUUUAACCGGCUCCAGUGUGACUUGUCUGGUUACCGUGGCUCACUAAUCAGCUAUUGUUUUAUGGCUAAAACAUUAUUAAGAGAUUAUCUGAAAAGCUAGAAGUUUCUGAUUAAUAAUUUUAAAAGUGGUGUGAGUGUUCUUUAUUUAUUUAUGUUGGGCUUUUCUGUAGGUCAUUUGCUAAUGCGUGUGAUAUUACUGAUACUGAAUAUUAGUUAUUCUAAUGGAAAUUUUUCUAAGUUAUAAUGGGAAAAAGCUAAACAUUUGACAUUCUUUCCAUUCCAGUGUUAAAGUUAAUGUAUGCAUAAGUGACUGAUCUUCAUUGAUGUAGUUCAGGAAUUUGCAACUCCAGGUCACAGUUCUGCACAAUUUGUUGAUUUUUCUGCUCAAACACACUGGCUAAACCUGUUAAUUAACUAAUGAGUUAAAAAGGUGUGCUUAAACAGUAAACCCCUUAAAUUGUUGGACUGCAGCCCCCAAGACUGUAAGAGGUUUUUGAAGAAAGUCAGACAAAAUGUAGAUAAUGUUGGUAUCAGUUGGACAGUUUGACAGUUUUAUGAUUAAAUUAAAAUAGUCUGCUGUUAUUUGUGACAAAUCUAAAUGUUUUAAAGCUGAAAUGUUGACUGAUUUUUUUUUUAACAGAAAGACUGUUAAGACAAAAUGGCAAAAAGACUGAUAAGACAAAAGCAACUUAGUCCACAGCAAGAUGCUGAGAUUUACAUCAAAAUGAAGACAGACAAGCCGGGUCUUGAGGAAAAAUUCAUCAGCUCUUUUAAAGGGCGAGGUGUAUUUUCAACUGCAAACUUUUGCAAGGGAGAUUUUGUCCUGGAGUACAGAGGGCAACUCUUAACACAAAAUCUUACCCAGAAAAAUAUUUCAGAAACAGUGUUUAUUUUUGAUUUUCAAUGGAGAGGGAAGUACUGGAGUGUGGAUGCAUCCGUUGAAGACAAGUCUUUAGGGAGGCUUGUAAAUGAUGAACACAAGAAACCAAACUGCAAAAUAAAAGUCGUUGAGGUGGAUGGAACGCCGCACCUGUGCUUAUUUGCACUUCGAGAUAUUUCACCAGGAGAAGAAAUUACCUAUAACUAUGGGGAUUCAGAUUGGCCCUGGCGCAAACAGGUUAAACCAGAAGCGUCCACUGUCAGGGCUCAUCAGAAGCUUCUUAUCACUACAGGGGAUGAGGUAAAAGAAACUCUUCCCAAGAGUUAUUCUUUGAAAUGUACAGAGACAAAAGUGACUGCUGAAAAAGUUCAAGAAAGGAGUGAGUCUCUCAGAAUUAUCGAGAGUGAGGAACAAGCAGAACCCUCCGUGAGCUGCAUCCAAAAGAAGCCUGAGACAGACUGGUCUUCCUACCCAGUUGAGGAAGAGGCCAGCUCACAGCACAAGCCUUCAGAUGCUGGAGACGACCUGGUACGAACAAAACAUGUCAAGAGCCAUUUUGUGAGGAACAAGCAGACCAUUUCUUCACGUCAGCCUAAAGGAAGGGUUAAGUCGUUCAAGGAGUGUGUUGGAAUUACAGAGAGUGAGGAACAAGCAGAACCCUCCGUGAGCUGCAUCCCGAAGAAGCCUGAGACAGACUGGUCUUCCUGCCCCGUUGAGGAAGAGGCCAGUUCACAGCACAAGCCUUUGGAUGCUGGAGGAGACCUGGUACAGACAGAACUUUCUGAGAGGAAGCUUAUGAAGCCCAAACAGACCAUUUCAACUUCCCAAAGAGCUCAAGAAAUGGUUAAGCCACCAACAAAGUCUUUUGGAAUUAGAGAGAGUGAGGAACAAGCAGAACCCUCCGUGAGCUGCAUCCCGAAGAAGCCUGAGACAGACUGGUCUUCCUGCCCCGUUGAGGAAGAGGCCAGUUCACAGCACAAGCCUUUGGAUGCUGGAGGAGACCUGGUACAGACAGAACUUUCUGAGAGGAAGCUUAUGAAGCACAAACAGACCAUUGCAACUUCCCAAAGAGCUCAAGAAAUGGUUAAGCCACCAACAAGGUCUUUUGGGAUUAGAGAGAGUGAGGAAGAAGCAGAACCCUCUGUGAGCUGCAUCCAGAAAAACCCUGAGACAGACUGGUCCUCCUGCCCAGUUGAGGAAGAGGCCAGCUCACAGGACAAGCCUUCAGAUGCUGAAGGCGACCUGGUACGAGCAGAGCAUGUCAAGGGCCAUUUUGUGAGGAACAAGCAGACCAUUUUUUCACGUCAGCCUAAAGGAAGGGUUAAGUCGCUCAAGAAGUGUGUUGGAAUUACAGAGAGUGAGGAACAAGCAGAACCCUCCGUGAGCUGCAUCCCGAAGAAGCCUGAGACAGACUGGUCCUCCUGCCCAGUUGAGGAAGAGGCCAGCUCACAGGACAAGCCUUCAGAUGCUGGAGAUGACCUGUUGGAUAUAUCAUCUCCUGGAGCUCACAGCCCUGACAGCAAUUCCUCACUCAGUGAUGAAGAUGUAGAGGCACUCACAUCCACAAGGCUCCAUCGACAGUACUACCGUCUGCCACAAGGAACUUUGCUCAUUUUAGCGAGCUGCAAAGUUUUAAUGGCUAUGGAACGAGGAAUGCUGUCGGAAUUCAAAGGCAAAUCACUGGAUAAAAUUGAAAUACACCCUGAAGAGAACCUGGUUCAUUCAGUAUGCGAACUGUCAAGUGAUGACGAUGAAGAUGAGCCUACAGACACAGUAGCAGCAGAAUCUAUUAAACCUGCAGUUCCAGCUACUGAUCUUGAUUUUACAGCAUCUUCUAUAGCACCUAUCACACCCAAACAACCAGAUGCCACAAGAAAGCCAAAACGUAAGUGGGAAGACUCAGAGGUACGUGCAGUAGAGCGACACCUGAUGAGAUUCAUCCAGACGGUAAAGUGCCUCAGAAGCGAGAGUGCCUCCAGUGUUUACUCACAGAAUCGCAUGCACUAA